GCGUCUGGCUGGAAACUACGGAAACUGAAGAAGGCAACAGUACUUCCGCACGCCGGAGGCGGAGGCGACCCCGCGCGUGCUUCUGGCUGACACGCAGGGCCCGCCGCCGAGCCCUUUCCCCACUUCGUCUAAGCGCCGCCGCCAUCAAUCGAUCGAUCGCCUCUGCUAGGCUAGGUCGGCUCCUCCCUGAUCCGCUCCUCUGCUCCGGGCCAUGGCGGACGAGGCGGCGCUGCCGGUGGCGGCGGCAGCGGGGAGGGAGAAGGAGAGGGAGAGGGAAGAACGCCGCCGCUGGCUGGCCCGGUGCGCCCUCGCCGUCGUCGGCAUCAUGAGCACCCUUCUCGUCUACGGCGUCCUCCAGGAAAAACUCAUGAGAGUUCCCUAUGGAGCAGACAAGGAGUUCUUUAAAUACUCACUUUUUCUUGUUUUCUGUAACCGUAUCACUACAUCUAUGGUGUCUGCCCUGGUCUUACUGUCGAGUAAAAAAUCCACAGACCCGGUCGCUCCAAUUCAGAAAUACUGUGUUGUCUCCUUGUCAAACAUACUGACCACAACUUGCCAGUAUGAGGCCCUCAAGUACGUGAGUUUCCCGGUCCAAACUCUUGCCAAAUGUGCGAAAAUGAUUCCUGUCAUGAUUUGGGGCACGAUAAUGAUGAAAAAGAGAUACGGUGGGAAAGAUUACUUCUUUGCAGUCAUUGUGACUAUGGGUUGCUCAUUGUUCAUUUUAUUCCCGGCAUCAAUGGAUGUCAGCCCACUCAAUAAAAGCAGAGAAAGCACUGUUUGGGGUGUUUCACUCAUGCUUGGUUAUCUUGGAUUUGAUGGUUUCACAAGCACCUUCCAAGAUAAACUGUUCAAAGGGUAUGACAUGGAAAUACACAACCAAAUAUUCUACACGACAAUGUGCUCUUGUGUUCUUAGUUUAAGUGGACUUAUUCUCCAGAAUCAUCUCAUUCCAGCUGUGGACUUUAUGGUUCGUCAUCCAGAUUGCUUCUACGACGUCAUAAUCUUAUCCACUGUUGCAACAGCUAGCCAGUUCUUCAUAUCAUAUACCAUCCGAACAUUCGGCGCCCUCACAUUCGCUACAAUAAUGACAACUCGACAGCUGGUGAGUAUACUCCUGUCCUGUGUUUGGUUCGUACAUCCCCUUAGCUGGAUGCAAUGGGUUGGUGCUGCCAUUGUAUUCGGUGCCUUAUACGGGAAGAGCUUCUCGAGAAGCAAGCCACAAAAGGCAGCCCCAUCAUCGCAGGGUUCCAUACCCAAUUCCGCUAACAGCAGUUGACAGGAAAUAACAUAGGAAAUACGGAACCUCCUGAUCUACCGGUCGCCUUUUCGCUGUUCCGGACACAAGUUUCCAUGUCCGAGGCGAAUGACACCCCUGACGGAGUUAACUCAGAUCCUGGACAGACAGGUUGUAGGAUCAUCAUGCCUCAGCUCCUGAUCAACCUGGGCGGAGGGAACUUUGAAGGCUAAGCCGGGAGGGAACUUUGAAGGCUAAGCCGGAGAGGUCUAUUAGUUUAGCAUCCAGUGACAGUUUCUCGAGGCAAACCUAUGGCAAAUUAGUGAGCUCUGAUAGCUUUUUAGAUUGUGUGGUGGUGUCUCAUGCAGCAGGUAGCCUGCCUGCGUUGAUGUAUGUAAAAUUACCUAUUUACCUCUAGAGGAACUUUUUUUUUAGAGCUGCAAAAGGUUCACCAGCCCUGUUCCAUUGCAUAGCAUGAAACAACCAGAUUCAGUAGAAAACGUGACGUUUUAGUUUUUUUACAGCAAA